UCACUCCCGUACACCGUGACCUUUAUCCAGGUCGGGUAGAUCUGGAGCCUAUCUCGGGAACACUGGGCCCGGCCCAGGAAGACUGAUUGGACACCAGUGUUUCGCUAAUCCACCUCCUGACGUGUUUUUGGGAGGUGUGAGGAAACCUGAACCUGGAGGCACGAGAGUGUCCAGAAUAACCUGUUCAGACACGAGUGCUUAAAAGAACAGUGCCUGGAGAAAAACACAGAUAUGGCAAGAAAGUAAACAAACUCAAAAACUAUGAGCUAAAACAAUAAGCUAGACCGAGCACUCGGAAGAAGAAAACAAAGGAACGGAGGCACUAAGCACUGGAAAUCAACAAACAAAAGAUUUCCCCAAGGGACAGACAAGGACAGGAUUUUAGGUAGGUUAGAGAAACUAAUGAGAGCUCACGAGACAAGACGCAGGUGCAGAAACCAACCGUUCUGUGUGAGUCACAUGACGGUGACUUAAAAGAUGUCUACCGCCAUUUUGAAAGUCAUGGUCUUCACCCUGACCUUGGCAGGCUCUAUCCAGUGCGGUAAGGUCUUGGUGUUCCCUCACGAUGGCAGCCACUGGGUUAACAUGAAUAUAUUGAUACAACAGCUGCACAACAGAGGUCACAAUGUCACGGUCAUUCGAGCAGCUGAUAGCUGGUACGUCAAAGAGCAAUCACCUUACUACCACUCCAUAACCAUCGACUUCUCAGUGGGGCAAGACGAGGCUUUCUUCAACAGCUUUAUCUCCAGACAGCUACAGAUUCAGCGGGAAAGAAGCUCGUUUUGGAUUCGAUUCAGUCUGGACAUGGAACUGAAAACCAAGUUUUCUGAGAUUCACAGAAAGAUAUGUGAAAUGGUCAUCCAUAUAAUCGAGGAUCCUAAACUGAUCGGUUCCAUCAGAGAAGCACGGUAUGACGUGAUGCUAACAGACCCUGCGAACGGUGGAGGAGUCGUGCUUGCACAUUAUCUGCAUUUGCCGCUGGUUUUUAACGUCCGUUGGACGGUACACGGAGAGGCGCAUUUUGCGAUCGCGCCUUCGCCCUUAUCGUACGUUCCCUUUCCUUUAUCCAUGUUAACAGAUAAGAUGACCUUUUUUCAAAGGGUAUAUAACAUGCUCUUCUUUUACCUCAGGCUUUUCCUUUACAAGCGUAUCGUAGGUCCUCAUUACAGCGCUUUGUGUAACCGAUACUUUGGUCCAGAUGUGGACUAUUUCGAAUUAUUCCAGGCAGCCGAUAUCUGGCUUAUGAGAGUCGAUUUCGUGUUCGAGUUCCCUCGCCCGACGAUGCCCAACGUCGUUUACAUGGGUUGCUUCCAGUGCAAACCCCCAAAAGCCCUUCCGGAUGAUUUAGAAGACUUUUUGGAAAGUUCCGGAGAGCACGGUAUUGUCGUUGUGUCACUGGGAACGCUGGUCGGACAGCUUCCUGACGACCUAGCCGACGAAAUGGCUGCCGGUCUUGCUAAGCUCCCUCAAAAAGUGAUCUGGCGAUACUUGGGGAAGAAACCGUCCACUCUCGGGAACAACACCAUACUCAGGGACUGGUUGCCACAGAACGAUCUUCUCGGACAUCCCAAGACAAAGGUUUUUGUGAGCCAUAGUGGAACGAAUGGGAUUUUAGAAGCUAUUUAUCACAGUAUUCCAAUCGUUGGCCUUCCUCUGGUUUUUGAUCAACAUGACAAUAUCUUGAGGAUGAAAUAUAAAGGUGUAGCACAGGUCCUAGAUCUAGCCACUCUAAAUCAGAAUACGUUUCUUGAGGCUAUACAGGAAGUCAUAAACGAGCCUUCCUACAGUAUAAACAUGAAGAGGCUGUCCGGGAUUCUCCGAGACACACUUGUACAACCUCUGGACAAUGCCGUCUUCUGGAUUGAGUUUGUUAUGAGACACAAAGGUGCUGCUCAUCUACGGACAGAGUCUUACAAAAUGCCUUGGUACGCUUACUACAGUGUGGAUGUUAUAGCGUUUUUACUGUUAGUUGCGUCAGGUACGAUUUUCCUCAUCUUCGCUGUAAUCCGAUACGUAUGCUGCAGGGCGUGUAGGAAAAAAAGAGUAAAACAAGACUGAUUCUACACAGCAAAACCCCAUAAUUUCAAAUAUCGGCAAAUACCAAGCGCUUAGAUUGGACGCAAACGAACAAACGAAAGUGCAGAGCCCAAGUUUUCAAUCAAUACCACAUUUGUGCCUGUAAGUAGAUGAGGUUUGACCUGAUCAAGUGGUUAAUACUUGUUGAAUCGUUGUGCAUUCAGUCUUGUUUUGGUGAAAGGAAAAAUGUGUUACUUUUUGCCACUAAGAAUAUGUAAAGGACAUUUUUAGUUUUAUGACUUCAAGGGAAAAAUGAUGUAUUGGAUUUUGCUGUAUACAUCUUUUUAGUAGAGUUUGAAGGGAUCCCCCCCCCCCCGCUACACACACACAAAAGUAAAGCUGAUUUCAUGUCAAAGUGGUAUAAAUGUAACGUAAGAUUUAUUCCGUAUUUGAUUAACAUUUUAGACAAGUGUAUAAAUAUUUCAGGACAAAUCACGGGUUUAUAUUUGAUAUUCAUGCACUCAUUCGAAUACAGUAUAAUUUCUAUAGUAAUAAUUUACAGAGACUUGUGUAUAUGAUGAAGUUCUUUGUGAGAUGCUUAUUUAGCAUCUUUUGUAAGGAGUCUCCAGUUUUAGAGCUUUAUAACAGUCAUAGGUAAAGAUGUAACUUUUAGUAGCAUGACAAGCUGCAUUUUUGAAUUUUUUUUUUAUUUGGCUAAUUAACUGGCUGGCACUACAGUAUUGGAAGUGAUCACUUGUUUUGCUAAUUUUCUUUUCUUUUUUUUUAUUCUGCUGAACAUUUCUGCUGAACAUUUCUAGUGAACAUUUCUAUUGAUAAUUUCUACUGAACAUUUCUACUGAACAUUUCUACUGAUAAUUUCUACUGAACAUUUCUACUGAACAUUUCUACUGAACAUUUCUACUGAUAAUUUCUAGUGAACAUUUCUAGUGAACAUUUCUACUGAACAUUUCUACUGAACAUUUCUACUGAUAAUUUCUAGUGAACAUUUCUGCUGAACAUUUCUACUGAUCAUUUCUAGUGAACAUUUCUAGUGAACAUUUCUACUGAUCAUUUCUAGUGAACAUUUCUACUGAUAAUUUCUAGUGAACACUUCUGCUGAACAUUUCUUCUGAACAUUUCUACUAAACAUUUCUUGCUAAUUUUCAUUCAUUCAUUCAUUCAUUCAUCUAUCUGCAUGCGCUUUACCAUGGUCAGGGUCACGGUGGAUCUGGAGCCAGCUAUGAAUAUGUAAAAAGUAUGAUGUGUUAUUCUUUAAUAAGUAAAACAUUGCUAGUAUUGGGAAAUUCCUGUGGUAUAAGAGGAAUAAAACCCUUUGGGAUGUGAUUUUUUUUUUUUUUGUGGAAAAUAAUGGAAAACUUUGGGGUGGUAAUAUGGUAUAUUUCAAAAAAAAAGUGAAUAGUAUAUGUUAAGAAAUCAAAGUGAGAAUGAAUAUAUGAGAUAUAAGAAAGAAAUCAGUAUAUUAAUCAGAGAAACUAAAAUCAAAGUAGGUCAAGCUGGUGUGACAUUGCCGAGUGCACGUUCCUCAUUGGGGAAAAUAUAGCCUUUUCUUCUAGGCUUGCUCUGUUAUAUAUCAGUGAAAACUCACCCUCUGUACCCGCUUGGAGACAUCGAGUCUGUACUCUGUAUGUUCAAGUCCGUAUCUUUUUACCAGUCUGAUGUUUGCGAUUCCUUAAUUUGUAUUGUUGAAAUCCAUGAUGAUUUGUAUAUAUGUCCGAUGAUCUGCAGACAUCUCGGCUUUUGUGAUUUUUCAAUAAAACUCUGAUUUUUGACAUCUGGAAUCCCUUGAAAGGUUUUUAUUUUAGCCAAGGUGAUUUUCCACGACAGUAACAGCAUCACAGCAAACCCCUUUCAUGAUAUUA